GUGCCCGGGGUUUGUAGUGACCGAGCCCCUCCCGCCGGGGCUACCGACGGCUAAGACGUGCUAAUACCAUCAUCGCCGUCACCUCCUAGUCCUCCUCCUAACAACAACUCCACCCACCGCCCAGGUGAGCGAGUCCCGGAUUGUCAGUUUCCCUGGAAAGACUAAACCCCAAGAUGGCAGAUGAGACAAACACCAGGGAUUGCAUGUCCUUCAGUGUGCUGAACUGGGAUCAGGUCAGUCGGCUGAAUGAAGUUUUGACUGAGGUUGUACCAAUCCAUGGACGGGGCAACUUCCCCACCCUGAAGAUCACACUGAAGGAUAUUGUUCAGACUGUCCGCAACAGGCUGGAGGAGGCAGGAAUCAAGGUGCAGGAUGUUCGACUGAAUGGCUCUGCGGCUGGUCACGUCUUGGUCAAAGACAAUGGCUUGGGUUGUAAAGACCUGGACCUAAUUUUUCAUGUGGCUCUUCCAACAGAGGCAGAGUUUCAGCUUGUUCGAGAUGUUGUUCUGUGUUCUCUUCUGAACUUCUUGCCAGAGGGAGUCAACAAGCUAAAAAUCAGUCCAGUGACUCUUAAGGAGGCCUAUGUCCAGAAGCUGGUAAAGGUCUGCACCGAUACUGACCGUUGGAGCCUGAUCUCCCUCUCCAACAAGAAUGGAAGGAAUGUGGAACUCAAGUUUGUAGAUUCCAUUCGCCGUCAGUUUGAGUUUAGCGUGGACUCCUUCCAAAUCAUUCUGGACUCUUUGCUUUUGUACUAUGACUGUUCAAGCAAUCCCAUGUCUGAACACUUCCACCCCACUGUGAUUGGGGAGAGUGUGUAUGGCGACUUUGAGGCAGCCUUUGACCACCUCCAGAACAGACUGAUUGCUACCAAGAACCCAGAGGAAAUCAGGGGCGGAGGACUCCUGAAGUAUAGUAACCUUCUGGUGCGGGAUUUCAGACCCACAGACCAAGAAGAAAUCAAAACCCUGGAGCGUUACAUGUGUUCCAGGUUCUUCAUCGACUUUCCAGACAUUCUGGAGCAACAGAGGAAGUUGGAGACCUACCUCCAGAACCACUUUGCUGAAGAGGAGAGAAGCAAGUAUGACUACCUCAUGAUCCUUCGCCGGGUCGUGAACGAGAGCACUGUGUGUCUUAUGGGACACGAACGGAGGCAGACCCUCAACCUCAUCUCCCUCCUGGCCCUGCGUGUGCUGGCAGAGCAGAACAUCAUCCCAAACGCCACCAACGUCACUUGUUACUACCAGCCCGCUCCCUACGUCAGUGAUGGCAACUUCAACAACUAUUAUGUUGCUAACACUCCAAUGCCCUACAGUCAACCAUAUCCCACCUGGCUGCCCUGUAACUAACUAAUCUCUUGACUUGAGGAUUUCUGAAAAGGAAACCUCAAAAGGGCAAGGGCUUUCAGGAGAUAGGGGAGCCUUUCUAGAUGCAGGUGUUUGGCUUUUAAAGGGGAACUCAGCUCUGAUUCUGCUUAUUUUCUUUGUGUACCCAUCGAAUGGGUCUACAGUCUAGCAUGAGAAAACUUUAAAAGGGACCCUUAUUACAGUGCCACUGUGGAAGCUGACCUGUCCGAAACACACUUACCACUUCAUGGUCCCGAGCCUUCCGCACUUGUGGAUUUGAGCCCCGUUGCAGUGCAGUUACUUAGAAUGGAAAAUAACUUGGGCAGUGUUUGAGAAGCCUUAAGCCAACUGUCUUCUCACAUCAAUCUUGCAUCUAAACUAGGCUGUGUUUUAGCCCUUGUCCUGAGUCCUUAGCAGCUAACGCUUGGGCAAAACUGUUUUCUUGAAUCCAUGCGGCAUGACAAAGGUGAGGGUCUUCUUGGGUGCUUUUGUUUUUGUUCCAAGGGGAUUUUGAGUAAAGGCCAAAUUGCUUGUGUUUGCUGACUUAUCCCCUUUCAGCAGAGCUGAAGGUUUCCUUCAACAAUUAAACCAAAGCCAACAGCCUUCAGAAUUGAGCUCUGGUUAGAAGUGGCAUAUGUGGCUUAGAUGCUGUGCUAUCCCAAAGAAUUGUGAGAGGUUACUGCUAAAGCAUGACCUAAAAGGUUUCUUGGAAAUGUAACUCAAAAACAAAAUAAAAUGUAAGACAAUGUUAAAGUAGAAAAAAACAAUUGGUGGUGGUGGGUGAUGGUUGUGACUAGAGACUUAAUGUUCAAAUGACACUUUCUUUAAGGCAUUUUUAAUGAAUGGAACUUUUGGUUGUUUCCCCCGUUCAGUCUUUUUCAUGGCUGACCUGUUUUGUUGUCCUGUUCUUACGAUUUAAGUUGGGCGGUCUUGUUUCAUUUUGUUCCUAUGAUGACCCAUUCAGGACUUCCCCCGUGUCUGUGUUGUAGUAGGAUGAGAUGCCCCUUUUGAUCACAUGCCAAAUAUGACAACUUAAUUUAUUUGCAAUAUGUUGAGUGCUAAUGUUUUUUCCCCCCUAAAAAAAAUUGUCAGUAGUGUAACUACUCCCCUAACUUUCUAUUCACAGCAAAUGAGUUCAUGAUGCUUACUUGGUUAGGAAUUUGGGCUAGUAGGAUAGCUUCUUUUGUAAUUUUAAAUGAUUUGUGGAAAGAUCCCCUUGAAUGGAGCAGGCUGCUUGAGCUAAUGCUUAUGGUUUCAAGGAACUGCAUUAGAAUACAGACUGCUAUUCUGAAUCUUUCUCAUGUUUGGAUGAAGGCUUGGGUUAAUAAAAAGUCUGUCAUGGGAGUGGUCAAAGCUCUUAAUUUGGGUAAUAUUUUGUAAAGGAAGUUCCCAAUUCUCCCUUCUAGCUAAGGACUGGCUUAGUGAAUGAUAACUUAGCCGUUCCGUUGACCUGACCCACUGUACUUAUAUUGUAUUCUGCACUUUAGGGAAAGACUGUGUUAAUUUUAGUGAGUGUUCUGUUGCUCAACUUGGUUAAGAGUUCCAGGGUCAUCUAGGUGUAGAGACCACUGCAGAUUCUUCCCUACAGAGAAGGAAUUUCAUGUUGCAGUUUCUUAUAGGGCCUCCCACUUCAGAGAAACAAUUUUAGUUGACUAGGAAAAUGAUAGCCCAGUUCGCAGAUUUCAAAAGAAUUUAUUCAAAUCCAAGAUCCUGAAUUUGACACUGCUAUGGCCAUAGAAAUCCUGGGCCAUGACAAAGCUCAGUUAAUGAAAGAACACUUGAAGAUCAAUGACUUCUCUAUCUAAGAGAAAGCUAAGAGAUGUUUGGUGUGCUCUGUCUGGAAUGUGAUAUUUUGGCCCCUUUUUCAAGUGAAACAGAUGGGUGAGCUUGGUUUUGUUUUCCUCCUUGGGUGUCACUCAUAAUGUAUUAGCUUUAGCAAGGUGAAUAAAAAGUCACCUUAGCAGUAGAACUUGCAUUUGCUUCUUUAGAAGACCUUGGAAAAUUAUGCUGAACUCCUUGCCUUUAAAUCAAAGCUAACUUAUACUCAGGUGUGAAUGGAAUUGGUUUGAGAUCUCUUGGUAGUAUUUCAGGUGUGACACAGACUGAAAGUGAAUUUAUCAAACCACUUGAUUAUCUGUGAUUUAUGAUAAGCUGUCUUUGGAGGGUAAUGGCAAUACAUCCGCACUAAAAUUAUUCAUUUGUGGCAGAAUGUUAGCCAAAGCUUUUGCAGUGGCUGGUUUCUAUUUGCUUGCCAGAUAAGUUUGGGGGUGAGGGUGUUGGGGGGAGCUCAGGACUACACCCUUAGUUUAAAAAUAAUUAAAUUCCCAGUUUGGCCUUUUUGAAAACUCAUCCUGCUUAUUAUAACUUCUUGUUUCUCUGUUUAUUAGUGUCCUGACGUCAGGGUGGUUGGAGGGGAGGAGGGAGUGAGGAGGAGAUAGGAUGACUACUUCCACCUGCAAAAGUCUCUCUUUACUCCACCCCCUUGAAGGAAUACCAACACCUUUAGAUUUGUAUUUUAGGUCAUUUAGAACGUGUGCAGUGUACCACUUUAGAUAAUGUAGAACAUGUAGGAGUUUACUUAAAGUUAACUAUUGGGCUCUAUUUUGUCUCAAAAUAGUAAGUGUCUUGGAGAGGCCACAGGGGACAGAAAAGUAGCCAAGCCAGGGGCCCAGAUAACAUUUCUGGAGCUUUUGGCUUCUCUUUGUUCCUCGACCCUCCCCCACCUCCACACACCUUGGGCACCCCCUUUGUGCAAUUACCUUCUUACCUGAGAUUAUUCUGAUCCAACUCUUUUUUAAGUUUGCAAGUAGAUGCCUAUGCAGGAGCUAGCAUAGCUGCCUAAGCUGCAGCUCCUCCACUCCAAGUUAAGUGUGCCGAGUGGCACAGACUGUGUGGAUGGUGAAGCGCAGAACUGGGUCACUAAAACCUAAUCCCUGGCUCUCAGGUAUGUAGUUUACCAGCUAAGGUAGCUCUUAACCAGCUUCACGAUGUGCCAAGUCACCUCUAAAUUCAAGCGUCUGGACAUUCUACUUAAAAAUGUGCCUUUGGGGGCCAUAAGAGUGGUCUCUGUAGUCUGCAUUUAUAUCCAAUCCAGGGGUUCCUUUUUUUUUGUCUUUCUAGUGUUGAGUAAAAGGAAACUUUGGUAGUCACCAAGGGGAAUUAAAAGUUCAAGUAUAAAUUCUAAUCUAAAUUUAAAUAGUACCUCAUUUAUGUUGGGUCCCUAAGAUGUCCUUUUUUUCUUUUUCUUUCUUUUUUUUGGCCUUUUGCAAACAUGCAGUGUACUCUUAACUUCUUCCUCUGAAUCGGCUUUGAGUGGUCUUCAUGUUGGCAGAGGUAUCUGCACUAAAUUCCUGGGCUUCAAGUUUUCAGAUUUUAUGAUCUUAUUUGGCAGAUAUUAUCUCACAUUCAAAUUCACUGGCAAACAUUUAGAAUAAAACAUUCCACACGAACACCCUCUCAAUCAGUGUAGCUCAAAUUAAUUAGGCAUAUGUGGGGAAACUGGGUAUGGUUCACAGCCUGUAAGAGGUAAAUUUCCAUUUAGGGGUGAGGAAAGGAAGAAAUGCUUCUUGGAUUGUGGUACAGAAGCAAUUGGGCAGCUUACUGUUGGGGCAUGAAAUUUCAAACUUGGCUUUCUUCUGAAUUGUUUGCUUUUUAUGGUUAUCUGGCAUCCAAUGGCCAAAGACCUGAAUUGAAUUCAUCCUUCUCCAUUGUGGUAGCCCUCUCAUUCACGCAUCUAGUCUUUACCUUUGUAGUAAUAGCAGAAAUAGUAGUAAUAGUAGUAGCACUAGUGGUGGUGAUGGUGAUGGUGGUAGUAGUUGUAGUAAUAGUUGGAUAGGAUUUUCAGUAGUAUCACUGUGUUCUUAGCUAGAAGUGCCACUCAAGGUAUCAGGUAUUCUUUUUCUUUUAAGAACAAUAAUUCCCUUUUGGGUAGUGCCUUUCCCCCCCAUGGACUAAUCUUUGGGGCCCAAGUUAGAUUCUUCAAACCUUUUCUUCCAUAGGGUGAUGGUGACAUAAUUAAAACGUUACCACAGGGUGGGAGAAAGCAUAUAUUACUAUGAGCCAUUACCAUUCACAGUGGUUAUCUGAUUAUCAGCUCUGAACCAGAGAGAAUCUAUUGGUGUGUGUAUGUAUCAAUUUAGGUACAAAUCUUCUUUUCUUAGAAGUUGAGAGAAGAAACACUCAGAUUUCUAAGCUUAGAGCCAGAUAUCCUUACGCUGGCAGAGACCAGAACAUUGUAUCUACUCUGGUCAUAGCUGGCUUUGGAACAAAUUUCAAUUCUCCUAAUUAACAUUCAGAGGACCAAAGGAGGCCUGGGAAGAUAUUAGGAAACUUUUUAGAGGGGUGUAAUGGAGCAAAUUAAGAAAAGGAAAGGCCAAUAUUACUGAAACCAGAUAUUUCAAGUGCCUAAAUCUUAUCACUUAUUUUUCUAAUAAUUUAAGUGUAGUGUAAAAAAAAAAACAAAAACCAAACAAAUGUAGUUGGAACAAACAAAGGUACAGAGCAGUCAUCUACUCCUAUGUAUGUAUGGGAAGGUUAAAAGACCAUUCACUAAUGAAGUGGAUAAAUUAAAUGAUGUGGGUUUGUGUGGGUUUUCUUUUUGUCUGAACCUUAUUUUAUUUAAAGAUAAAGAAACUCCUAACUUUUUAAAAAGUAGUUGUUUUUUUUAAAUUUUGUUUCCAAAGUAAUAUAUAGCUAAGAAAAAACCCACCUUUAGUCUAUUAGGCAAAAUAGGAAAUUCUUUUCAGUUUUCUAAAUUUGCAUAGCAACUAGCCACUGGAAUUCUUGAUUUGUUAGCAAGUCAAGAUGUGUGGGAUUACUUCUUUGUUAAUGGUCACUAGCCUUCUCAGUCCAUAUGGAUGAAAUCACUUUCUUUUGUCAAUGCAAAAUGUGUUAAAACUUUAUAAGAAAAAAGCUUUGAGUUUGAGAAAUAAAGAUAUAUUUUAAAGA